UCUUAAAACGCCCGCACUAUUGAAACGGCGCGAAACGUGUUCCGAGCGAGCUCGUUCUUUCUUUCUCUCCAUUGCUGCAAACCCUAGAUCACUGGUAAAUAAAUAAUCAUGAGAGAAAUUGUUACUGUCCAAGUUGGAAGUUUCGCUAACUUCAUCGGUUCUCACUUCUGGAACUUCCAGGAUGAAAUGCUUGGCUUAGCCGCGGAUCCUUAUGGUGAUCCAGCCUUCAAAACUCAGAGUCUAAACAUGGAUGUUAUCUACCGUACGGGUGAAACGCAUCAGGGAACUACUACUUAUACUCCUCGUCUUCUCUCUAUCGACUUCCAAGGAUCCCUUGGAUCAGUGAGUUCAAAGGGGACGUUGUAUAGCGAGGGUUCUAAUGAACCAUCUGAAGUUGUUACUUGGGCAGGACAUGUUUCUACUCAUGCAUCUGAACCACAAAAGAAGAAUUUAUUCUUGCAAAGUUUGUAUCAGGAAGAGCAGGAUGCUCCUUUGACAAAUGGUAUCAAUGGUGAGGCUAAGGAUUCUCAACAUGAAAUUCAGGAUACAGAUAUAGUCAACUGUUUAGAUGAAGGAGUCCAAUUUUGGACAGACUUCUCGAAAGUCCAUUAUCAUCCUCAGAGUUUGUACGAAGUAAAUGGAUUGUGGAUGGAUGCUAAACAAUUUGACAAUUAUGGAAUUGGGCGGGAUGUCUUCAUGGAGAAUUUACGAGGAGAAGAAAUAUGUGAUAAGCUUCGUUUCUUCAUAGAAGAGUGUGAUCAUAUCCAGGGCUUUCAAUUCAUUGUUGAUGACUCAGGAGGUUUCUCCCCUUUAGCUGCUGAUUUUCUGGAAAGUGUUUCUGAUGAAUAUACGAACACUCCAGUGUUGUUAUAUGCUGUUAGGGGUCCUAGUUCUCAUAUGAGCCUGAGUAGCAGGAAGCAGACAGUUGUAAGAGAUCUUCAUGAUGCAGUAUCUUUCUCAAGAUUAUCAUCUUUCUGUAAAAUGAUUGUGCCUGUUGGUUUGCCCUCAUUGAGCAGGAGUAAAACUUCAACUUUCCUCAAGAUUAAAGAUGAGAAUCCUUACCACUGCAGUGCUGUGUAUGCUGCGGCGCUACACUCUACAAGUCUCCCAUUCCGCAUGGAGCCACUUGGUGCUACUGCAGAUUUAUCUGAUGUAUCUGGUGCUGUGGAUGUUAAUGGGUUUGUACAAAUGCUAGCUGGACAAUCUAGGCAGAAUAUGGUGGCCAUUCUGGAUGCUGCAAUGCCAGGCCCCUGUUUGUCAGGGAAACAAGACAAGCAAUCCUUGCUUGGGAAUUUGCAUCCAUUGACUCCCGAGGUUGCAGAGGAUGUGGAUGAUCUGCAGGCUGUGGAAUCAAUGAUCGUGCAUGGAGCAAUUGGGUCAGGAGGUCAUCGCUUAUCAGUUUCUGAAGUUAAGAAUGCAAUCCAUGGUGUAUAUGAAUGUGCAACCACAAGGCCAAUGUUCUGCCAUCUAUCAGCGGCUCGUUGCCCUCUCCCAAUUCCUUUGCCAUUCCCUUCAAUCUUUGGUAAUCUUGUCGGCCAGCAUGGUGAGCUGCUGGGAAGCCCAAUCUUAGGUUCUUCAUCAAGAGGGUCACUUGAUGUUCAUUCUAUCCCCAUGGCUGCUAGAAUUCGAUCCAGCCGUGCUAUCAUGCCAUUUUUGGAGAACAGAUUGGCUAAUCUUCGUAAAUUUGGUAUUGAGCGAGGAUGUCCCGGGACAGAGUUGCUUAGAAGUUGGGGAUUUGGAAAGGAUGAACUGGAAGAUAUGGGUGAGACCUUGUCUAAAAUGGUUAGGACAGUUGACCCUUAUUCCGAUAUAUCAUCCGAUUCUGACUAAGAUCGUCGUGGAUGAGAAGAUGACGUACAUUUUUCCUGUUUUAUGUUGUCUCUGAUCAGUUCACCUGCAUAGUGUUUGGGUUAAAAUUAUUCCUCACAAAUCGAUUAAUCUGGAAAGAGAGAAUUUUGCUGGACUUGUGAUGGAAAAAGGGAUACUUGUAUGGGUGGUAAUGAAGGAGAUUAUUUGCUUGUCACUUGCCAGUAAAAUUAAGAGAGAAAAAAAUGGAAUUGGUUCAUAAAUUUUCAAUUGGUUGCUGCCUACGUAAUUUUAUGCACCGAUUACUGAUAGAGUGGCGGAGAAGCAUAUACUUUUCGCUGCUAGAUGUCAGCAAUUGAUUUUUUCCCCCCUGGAUUAAUAUAUCCGUAACCUUCAGAAAUGUUUCCUCUAAUAUAAACUUUACAAAUAUUCAAAUC